AUGUUGCUGGAGUCACAUGAUAAAUUAUUUGGCAAUACAGAAGCAAACAAUUUAAAACAAAACUCAGCUUUUCUUCGAAAAAAAAGAAAUUAUUGCUUUAAAAUACUCGGGAAAAUCUUCAAAUCAAAAUAUAGCUUAAACUGCAAACUCAGAACACAGAUAAUUUUUGAAUCGCUAAUAAAUUGAAUAAUCGCUCUACAAAUGAUUUCUAUGACUUGGUAUCCAAAUAUGGGUGUGAAAGGGUGAAAUAAUUACUCGUCAUUUUGAAAUUUUAUUAAUUAUUUCGAUUUCAAUAACCUUUCCCAAGAAUUAGGAAUAGCAGAAUAUUGGUUUUAUACAAACAUAGCAGUCCUGACAGCUUGCAUUUUAUCAGUGAUUUUACUAUUUGUAUUAAAUAUUUUUGAUAUAAAACUCCCUAGGCUAUUUUUAUAUGCAUUAAAAAAAACUCUUGUGAUUUUUGUGAGUAUUUUUUAUAUCCCUUCAUUAGUUCAGCUUACGAUGGCUUUUAAGUAUUCAGCCUUAAAUUAUUCUAAAAUAGAAGAAUUCUCUGAUAAUUUGGAUUCCUCUAUUCUUGAUUAUGGAGUCUUUGGUGCUAUUUUUAGCAUUUUUCUUAUCAUAUUUUUAGUAUCUUUUGCUUUUUUUUGCUGACUCCCCCCUCUGUGAGCGAAAAAAACAAUUUUGUUCGCUCAAGGAGGGGUUAAUUUUUUUUCGAAAUUUAAAAAAAAUCCUACUCCACAAAAAUUCCAAACAAAAUAUUUUGUUUAAUUGUGUUGAAUUUAUGUUUUAAAAUACAAUUAAAAAGAAUUAGCUCGAUAUUUCAUUAUAUAAAUAUAACUAUAUAUCAAAAAGUUUUUGUUUGCUGAGCUUUUAACAGUUGAUAUUAGGCAUGUUUUCGCACGCAGAUCAAUUACAACCCGCUCUCAUUCUUCUCUAGAUCUUCAGCUGCUGGUAUUUAGGACAUCUGAAAGUUUGGUCUAUGUUUUAUUAGGAAAACAAAAUAUCGAGUGAUACCAAAUAUUUUUACUAUUUUUUUCAGCUUUAAUUGCAUUAGAAGGAACAUCAAAAUUACCUUACUACAACAAAAUCGAAAAUACAAUAAAAAUCUGCAGAUAUUUUUGUAUUGUCUUUUGGCUUAUAAUUUUCCUUAUAGGCAAUGCAAUGAAUAAUGCAACAAUUAUUUUUGCGCUAAAUAUCUUCGUACAGCCUCCAUUAGUGCUGAUUAUAUCUAGAUAUAUCAACACUAGAUUUAACCAACUUCAAACCCAGCCGAUAAGCUAUGAAAAUCAAUAUGAUUUCGAAAAAACAAUGCGGCACCGUCUAUGUGACAAAAAAUUAGCUGACAAGCUUCAGGUGCUAAAUUCCUUCUCAAUUUGUUACAAAAAUAAAAAAUUCAGAAAAAACAAGCUUUUUGUGAUAUGAGAAGUAAAUUUUUGCUUAUAUAUAUUAAAUGAUGAAAGAUUAGCCAGAAUAAAGCUGACAAAAAUAAAUACAGUCACUUCAAGCCUAGAAGGGGAUAUACAAGAAUGAAGAGCUUUAAAAGAUUUUAAAGAAAGAGACAACGAUCUUGCUGACAUAAAUUAUUUAGAAUAUUUAGAUGACCUUGACAAAAUCAAGCGCCAAGACGAAGAAAUUUGCUGCACGUUAAUAGACUUAUGGUCAGAAUUUUCCUCAAAAUUCCCGCAAUAUAAAAAAAUUUAUCGUUUAUCGAUCCGAACUUCACAGCUUUUGACACAAAUAAAAACUUUUUAUGAAAAACUAAUAGCGAAACAUAAGCAUAUACAGAUUUUUGAGCUUUACAGUACAUUUUUAGACAAUAUUUUAGGGGAACCUGAGCAGGCAAAUAUUAUUAAUAGAAAAAAAGCCAGCAUAAAAACUGAGAUCAAUCCACUUAUAGGGGAAGACAAACUUUUAAGCGCGUAUGGAGAAAAUAAUGGAAUUAUCCUAAUUUCAGUAAAUUCAAGCAAUUUAGGAGCGAUUUCUUAUAUAAACCAAAAAGCUGCUCAUAUAUUAAAAGGAUCAGUAUCAGAUCUAGUAGGGAUGCCGUUCCAUAAUUUUAUACCUUUUCCUUAUUGUGUGGGCCAUGAUGAAUAUAUGAGGGAAUUUUAUUUAAAUUGUACGUCCACAGAAAUUAUUAAACGAGGAGGGCUUUUUCUUCAAAAUACAGUUGGAUAUCUUGUAGAGUGCAAAUUUCUUAUCCGUUUAACUGCAUUUAGCAAUCUUGCUUAUUUUUUGGUGUCUUUGCGCCCGAGGCAUACAAGUCGCCAAAUUUGCCUUGUUUCUGAGCAAGGUCUUAUAUAUAACUACACAGAACUCUUCCCACACUAUAUAGGGUCGAGGUCGCAAAAUAUCCGUAACAGCGUGAUUUCAGAGUUUGUGCCAAAUUUAAAUUUGCAAGAAAUGAAUAUAUUUGAUCCGUGGAUAACCCUUCAUAGAGGCCAAGAAAUUGCAUUAAUCUAUAUAAUAAAAUGGUUUCGGAUGAAAGGGUAAUUCGCUCAUCUUUUAAAUUGCUAUAGCUUUGACCUUCACGAUAACUACUGCACAAGGGAAAAAAUGAACAGGAUUGCUUUACAUAGUAUCCUUUUCAUCGUGCUUACCACUGGAAGAAUCAGAUUGAGUAACGAAGUGUGCUAAUGCGCUAGUGUUUUUCAUAUUUCUAGACUCUAAAUUGACCUUAGGGGCAUACUGCUAAAGAGCAGCAAGGAAAGAAACUAGUACUUAAAUCUCCCCUCUUUAAAUUGGAAAAAAAUCCUAUUCUAAUUAAAUGUUUAUUUUUUUAAUAAAAAAAUUAUAUUUAAAUUUUUCAAUAUAAAUUAAAAAAAUUAAUCGAUUCAGCGUGAAAACUGUUUAAGUAGCAUUCUCUUAAACUUUUUCUAUAGAACUUUUUUUCCCAGUUUAAACGGUGGUAAAGUACCCAAAAAAUGCAAAUUUUUGCCUAUAUUUUGAUCUAAUUUAAGGGGGUAGUAGUGAAAUAUACUGAUUCUGCAUUAAUCCACACUAUAAAAAAAUUCAAGACCACGAUAAUCCAUCUUUUUGUAAUAGUUCAUGAUGAAAAAGAGCUUUUAUACCUUUUUUGUCAAAUUAACAAUAUAUAUAAUUACUUUUCUUGAAAUAAGCCAUUAAUGUGCAAAAUUCAGUAUAAAAUAGCAUACUAUGAAGAAAUGGGCAAGAUAACGAUCAAAUUGAAUACUUCCAAAACACACAACUAUACGACGAAGAAGAAAACAGCCCCGAUACAUCCCCAGAAAACUCAAUAAUUAAGCAAAUAAAAGUCAAAUUUCGCCGGCAAAAAGACACAAUAAUUUCGCUUAAAUCAUUAGACGAUGAGCCAGAGACUACAACUAAUGGAGCCUUUGACAAUACUCUAAUCGAUGACUUAAAAGACAUUGAAGUCGCUGACGAUCGGUCAGCUUCAGUCGCACAAGGCAGCAGCCUUUCUAAUUCUUCAACCGCUAUCGCAAACAGAUACAUUGACAAUUUAUUAAACAAAUUACAAUUUUUCCAAUGAAUUUUAUUAUUUUCUGUAUUUUUUAUAUAGACUUUAGCAGCAAUCGGCACAAGUGUUGGGAUUUUAGUUUAUAUUUAUGAGGACACUUCUCAUACCAGCUCUCUUUCUGUAUUUUCUACCUUUGGGAGCCUAAUGUAUAAUUUGAUGAAUUCAGCUGACUUAGUAAUUUUUGAAAUAUAAGCUGAUAUAUCAAAAUUACAAUUUUUGUAUUAAAGAUUUCUCUCUCUCUCUCAGCAAGAUCUAUUGAUAAUGAAAUAAGAUAUGGGGUUUAUAACCUCACAAGGGAUUUCGGACUUUUUGGGGAUACAAUAAACAAUAUAAAGGAAUUAAGAAAUUUUAUAUUAUCUGAUUACGAUGAAUGAAGCUAUUGCCAGAGCUCAGAAAUUGUAAAAGAAGAUAUUCUCCCUAUGUGGUUUUUUAGCCCAUCAUCUCAUAUAUCAAAAUAUAAUUUAUUUGAUGGGAUUGCACAAUUUAUUAGCCAUGUAUUUUUUAUAUAGGGAGACAACUUAUAUAACUUAUUAAGCCAUGGAAAUUAUUCAUUAAAUGAGGUAAAAUUUAUUGUUCUUAAUAGCCUGGGAUUUACUUUUCAGUAUGCAAGUACAGCAAUGCAGAAUUUAGUUGACUGUGAAACUGUUAGGAUACAAGAAAUCGGAACAAAUAUUACGGCGCUUCUGUUCCUAGGGAUAGGUAUUUUGAUGAUUUUUGUGGGGGCGCUAAUUGGGUAUGUGAUUAAUAUCAAUAAAAACUAUGAUGAAUUUUGAAAUUUUAUUAAAAAAGUUUCUUUUCUUUCGUGCUUAGAGCUAAAAAGAGCCUGCAUUGAACGAUUAGUGACUGUUCAUGGAAUAAAUUAUGAGAUUGAUGGAAAUUUUGAAAUGGCUAGGCCUAAGAAAAUGAAUGUGAAAAUAAAAUCGAAAAUUUAUUUAAAAUUUGUAUGGAGACUUUGCAUUAUUUUAGCAAUCUCAUCUGCGUAUUAUACUGUGUCAAAAUUUUACUUAUAUGAUAAGUGUGAAGAAUCCUUAAUAAACAGGCCAAAGCUUCUUCAUAAUAUGGUUUAUAAAAGAUCAUUAUUAUCCCGUAUGAGUGUUUUUGCUAGAGAUUGCACUUCACCUAGCAAUUUGUUAUGAUAUACAAAUUCUUAUGGUUUUAAGAAUUCAAGAACAGAAUAUAACUGGACAAGCAUGGAAUUUAAACACACUAAUUAUGAUAUCAGGCAAAAAAAUUUUUUAAAAUUAAUGUCAGAUGAUAUGAAAAGAAGAAUUUUUGAAAAUUGAGACUCGGAAAAUGCUUAUUUAAAAUUUGGGACCUUUGCUGCCUCAAAUUUGAUGUUUUUAGAUUCCAUAAAUAUAGCUGCAAAAACAGGCUUAAGACCUAUCCCUGAAUAUGCUGCUUAUAUAGGAAAUGUAUCAGCGCUUCAAUAUGCGCUUGAAUCUGAUUUUGAUGAUAUUGAUCAAGAUUCUAAAAAUAUUAUAACUCAAGAAGUAAAUUGGCUUAUUUAUGUAAAUAUAGCUUUUUCUAUAGUUUUGGCUUUGAUUUUUUUGCUGUAUUAUUUGCCUUUUAUUGCAUUUGAGAAAAAGUCUUUGAGAAAGCUACAAGUUUUAGCAUCAGUAAUUCCAAAUACAAAAAUAGAUACUGAUAAGUUAAAAAAUAAAAAAAUAUUGAAGCAUUAG